UCAACUGAUAAACUAAGCCACAUGUUUUAACGCUCUUGAGUCUCUCUGUAUUUUGUUCACUAUGAGUCAAUGAGUCAACUAAUAAACCCAAUUGAUUUUUAUAAAAUAAAACUCUUGUGUUUGAUCUCCUCUGUGGGUUCAAUGCAUUAAGAUAAAUCUAGAUUUUUUUUUUUUUUCCAUCUGUAAGUGACCGAUGAAUUCCAAGCCAGGCAAUCAGACAAAGCUCGUAUGUUCAUCGUUUUUAUUCUGUGGCGUUGUUCUAAUUAAUCUGUUUGCUGCUCAAAUUGAUGCUCAAAGAUCAAGAAGCCGAUGGCAGACGCUCAGUGGUGAUGCUCCACGUGUGAUUGCUCGUGGUGGGUUUUCUGGAUUGUUACCAGAUUCGAGUGUUGAUGCUUACAAUCUUGCAACUCAGACAAGUGUAGCCGAAGUUGUUCUAUGGUGUGAUGUUCAGCUAACCAAAGAUGGAGUUGGGAUUUGCUUCCCCGAUUUAAACCUGGCCAAUGCUUCAACUGUUCAAUAUGCUUACCCAAAUGGUCAAAAAUCUUACCCGGUUAAUGGAGUCACUACUCAGGGUUGGUUCACCAUUGAUUCCACCUUGAGAGAUCUCCAGAAUGUAGCAUUGAUUCGAGGAAUAUUAUCACGAUCAGAUAGAUUCUGGAGAGAGAGAGAGAUCACUAUUAACAUUUAA